AUGGAAAAAUGCUUUUUCUUCUUUCCUUUCUCUCUCUUCUUUCCUUUCUCUCUCUUCUUUCCCUUUUCUCUUUUUCCUUCCUUUUCUCUUUUUCUUUCCUUCCUCUUUCUUCUUCUUUCCUUCCUCUUUUCUCUCUUUUUUUUUUCUUUCUUUUCUUUCUCUUCUUUUUCCUCUUUCUCUCUUCUCUUCUUUUUCCUCUUUCUCUUUUCUUCUUUUUCCUCUUUCUCUCUUUUCUUUCUCUUUUCCCCUCUUUCUCUUUUCUCUCUUUUCUUCUUUUCUCUCUUUUCUCUUCUCUCUUCUUCUCUUUUCCUUUCUUUCCUCUUCUCUUUCUCUUUUCUCUUUCUCUUUUCUUUUCCUCUUUCUCUCUUCUCUCUUUCCUCUUUCUCUCUUCUCUCUUUCCUCUUUCUCUCUUUCCUCUUUCUCUCUUUCCUCUUUCUCUCUUCUCUCUUUCCUCUUUCUCUCUUCUCUCUUUCCUCUUUCCUCUUUCUUUUUUUCUUUCUCUCUUUCUUUUCUCUCUUUCUCUUUCUUUUUCUUUUUUCUUUCUCUUUCUCUUUCUUUUUCUCUUCUUUCUUUUCUUCUUCUUUUUCCUUUUUCUCUCUUCAACUUUAA